AUGCCUCCGGUCCAGCUGACAGAAGCUCAACCACAGUUCAGGGCGCCGGCGUCGACUUUCACGAGUGUUUAUCCUGUCAAGCGGUAUGACCUGUCUGGAUACCAGAACACUCUAGCUAGCCCCCGUAACGGGUACAUCCUGGACGGAGUUGCACAGGAGAUAGACAUCGCCACCGGUCGUGCCAUCUGGACGUGGAGCGCGCUAGACCACGUCCACCCGUCGCAGUGCUACCUGCCACCCGGAACCUCAGGGUCACGAGAUUCGCCGUGGGACUACUUCCACAUCAACAGCAUUGAGAAAGACUCGAAGGGCAACUAUCUUAUCAGCUCGCGUCACUGCAGCGCGGUAUACUACGUGCGCGGGAGCGACGGCGCGAUUCUUUGGACUCUAGGUGGCCGCAAUUCGUCCUUCCGUCAGGAUCGCCGGACAUCCUUCUCCUUCCAGCACGACGCUCGCUGGCACGAUGACGAGACGACUAUAAGUUUGUUCGACAACGCCGCUACCGGCGGUCGAGGCUCUACUGCUCGUGGCCUCCACCUUCGACCCAACUCCAACAGUGGCACCGUCGACUUCAUUCAGGAAAUGCUUCCUUACCUGCGCACGCCUAGUCUCAGCCAGGGCAAUGUCGACCGUCAGGGUAACGGCAACUGGAUUCUGGGCUGGGGCAACAUUCCCUACGUCAGCGAGACGUCUCAGAGUGGAGAGCUGCUCUGGGCAGGACAGUUCGGAUACGGCGACGUUCAGAGUUAUACUGCUCACCGAGCCAAAUGGGUUGGCUACCCAAACACGAAACCCGAUCUUGCCAUCCGGAAGAACAACCAGGGCUACACAGUCUUCAGCUGUCUGGCCGCCCGAACAGUCCAAGUCUUGCACUCCCACUAUCUCCUCGUUGCACACAACUCUUCCCUCCUCUUCCACUCUGUGCUCCUCCAGAGGGUCUCUACCGUUACACCCAACUGGCGACCAUCCGAUCUCGACGACUUUCUCCAUCUCUCAACAAAGCGGACCGUUCUCGUCGGCUCAUCUACCUAUAAUAUAGGCUCAUCUCCACCUCAGCAUCGUCUUCAGAGGACCUCCCUCACUGCGUUCACUAUCGUCUCUCUUCAUUGUCUCCCUCCCGCCCCACCAUCUCUGAUCAGCAACUGCGCCAUCUCUGACCAACCUCGACGAGUCUGUCAAGACAUGCAGCGCGACUUUGACGAAAGGGAUCGUCACGACUCUCGCUUCCCUCUUCCUCCUGAGCGACCUAGCCACCGUUCGGCUUUCCUCCAUGGCCUUCCUCCACCAAUGCCACCGUCGCCGCGAGGCUACUACCCGCCUUCCCCCGGCAAGCGAGAGGCUCCCAGCCCCGGCGGCGGCAUGACCGAUCCCAAUGGGUGGUCUUCCGGUCCGCCUAUGAACGGCAGCAGGUCUGCCAUGGAGCGCGACAUGUCUUCCGCCGGUUCCGCCAGGAGUCGAUGGUCUCCUCCGCCCAUGCACAUGCGAAACAUGUCACCUCGCAUGGGUGAUCGUCUUCCGCCGCUCGCCGAUUACCCCCCAAUGAUGAGACACCACUGGGACAGCACACCCCAUGUCCUCAAGCCUUCUUCUCACCCACCUCAUGACCCCAAUCGAUCCCCUCACUCCCACCCGUCUUCCUAUCGCAACCAGGGUACUCCAGGUCCCGAGCAGCAGAGGGAGUCGGCUUACUACAGGCCUCCGACCGCUCCCUCCCGCGGCAACACAAGAAGCCCAGAGUCAAGGGUUCCCAACGGCAAUGUUAUCGCUACACCCGAGGCAAUCAAUGGGAACGCUACCAACCCUUCCAACAACCUUAGUGCCCCUGCUAACGGCACUAAGCACCCGGCUCCAGCCGCAAGCUCGACGGAUCCCCCGUCUGAGCCACCCAAGAAGAAGAAGCGUCGUCAAGCCUUCUCGUGCGCGGAGUGCGCGAAGCGAAAGCAGAAGUGUAACAGGGAGACCCCUUGCCAGCACUGUGUAAACCGCAAGGUUCCCCACCUGUGUAUCCCCAGCUCACGCCUGAAUUCGCCACCCUCGAGAGCCAAGCCUGCGGCAAAGACGGACGGUGACAAAUCAGCUGCAACUGGCAAGACGGAUGAGCGCACGACCACGACGCCUAUGCCGGCUCUGGGGGGUCGUGUGAGCAGGAUCGAGCGCAUGCUGAACGCUGUGCUGAAUAGGAUAGACGGACUGGACAGCACCGCCCUUGCGGACUGGCGACUUUUGCAUGCUCGCGCGGAAUCUCCGCCUCCUCAACACGGUGCUGAUGUUAAACGACCUCCUUUGCAGAUCAAUGGAUCCUCGAACGGUUCUCUUGGAUCGGUGGUUUCUAUGCAGAGCUCCAUUACGGGAAGUGUUGGUGGAGCGCUCGCAGGCAACGACACCCUUGCGAAUCAGGUGGUGGACAGCGGACCCUGGUCGGUGUUGCAACGGACCUCUCAAACCGAUCUUCCUCCGCAUGAAGAGGCCAACGCUUUGAUUGCCUUCUUCUUCUCCGACAUUAAUGACCUGCACUAUCCUAUCGACAAGCGUGCAUUCCUGCGAGCCUACGACGCUUUGUACACCUCGAACCUCGAGGAGCAAACCUCACCUGCGACAUUGACCGCCCUGCCUCUCGUCUAUGCCGUGCUUGCAUUCGCCUACAGGCUGGCACCUGAUCAUCUUGUUCCCGGUGGUGAGCGUGACCGUCUCAAGCGUAGCCAGCAGCUCGUUUGGAAUGCCAAGUGCACGAUUCCCUUGGCUUCGUCUAUCAGCGAGGCGGAUGCCACUCAGCUCGUCGAGGCUCGUUUGAUCGAGGCCCGCAUCAUCCUGGGUCUGUAUCAGCUCCAAGUGGAGCGCGCGCUUGAGGAUGCUUGGGUGACGUUCCGGACGGCGAUUGCGAUGGGGACGGCGAUCAACCUUCACCGCGACGGGUCCCAGCUCGGCUUAGACGCCUUGGCUACCGAGUAUCGUCGCCGGCUGUGGUCCUACCUGUGCCACGCCGAUGCUACUACAAGCGCGAUUGUCUCGCAUCCCAUGACGAUCAACCCCACCAGCUACGACGCGGAUACUCCUUCCAACGUGAACCUGGAAGAGCUCACAGUUCACGCUGUGAAACCGAAACCCAUGGACGAGCCAACGACUGCUACCUUCAUCGUUUUGCGCUCUCAGCUCGCUCACAUUGUUGGUCGCAUUACGUCUCAGUUCCAGAGACUGAGGGGCUCUAUGCACUAUGACGAGGUCCUCUCGAUCGACCGGGAGCUUCAGGACUUCACCGACUCCCUCCCCCCUCAAUUCCGCAUCAUGGAUACCGAUACCUCCAAGGACAAGGGUGAGCUGAGAACAUCGUCCCGUGGAACUGACCACUCAGAUCUGCCGCAUCUUACUGUUCAGAGGCUGUUCAUUCAAUCCGAAAUAUUGCACUAUGGCAUCGUGCUUCAUCGCCCCUGGGCGCUCCGUGACUUCUCCAAGUCUCCGGAGAAGCACGCACACUCGCGCAACCGCCUUAUCGAGGCUGCCAUUUUGACGCUCAAGGUCCGUGGCGGUUAUGCCGAUGCCAAGGUUCCCGAAGUGUUGGAACCUCUGCUUUCUGGAUCGACUUACGAUUUCAACGCCGCAUUCAUCGCCGGUCUUGGACUCCACGCCGACCCUAGCUGUCCCCGCUGCCCCGACCUUUGGGACAUUAUGGAGAAGUACACACGCCAGCACCCCUACGACCCAGACAAUAAGGAGACCGUCAUUGUGUACACGUUCUACAGGCGUGCUCUGCAGGACAAGGAGAACCGCUGCCGCGGCGGGUCCGACUCUGCGCGGCCUACUAUGGCCAACCUCCUGGUCAAUGGCAAGCAAGGCAAUGACGAUCCUCAGCAAUUGAUUGACCAGUUCCUGUCUGCCAAUGCUGGGUUCAUUGAGAGCAGGCGCCCUCGCGACUUGACAGCACUUGGUUUCGGUGCUCCUCCUGACCCUUCUCCAAGCAGCGUCAAGAAUGAGCAAGAGGAGAAGAACCCCAGCCUCAGCAUUGGCGCCGUGCCUGCUCGUCUAAUCAAAGUUCAGGAUGGCCAGACCGCCGAGGAGGUCAAUACCCCCGAAUUCUUCAACCGGCUUAUUGAUGGUGAGUACAUGAUCGAAAUCACGCGCCGCUUAGUUGCUUUCAAGCCUCCGGGGGAGGGACUGUUCUUUAUACCCGCGGAGACGCCAGAAUGUCUGCUGAUGACAGCUAUACACCAAUACCGCGCCCCACAGUGA